AUGACUAAAAAAGAUAUGCAAUUAUCAGCAGAUGAACUUGCACAAAUAACACCAUCAAAACCAAAAAGAAUAUCAAUUCCAUCAAUAAAAUCACCAAUUGGAAAAAGAAAAAAUACUGAAGAAGAUGAUGAAAAUCAUCAAACAACUACAACAACCACAACAACAACAACAACAGAAGAAGAUUCUCUAAAUAAAAAACAAAAACUUAAUACUGAAAAUAAUAUUACAUCAACAGAUAACAACAAUAAUAAUCACAAUAAUACAGAAACAACAACAACAACAACAAAAGCACCAUUAAAAUUAAAAAUUAAACUUUCUUCUCCACCAACACCAAAUAAUAAUAAUAAUAAUAAUAAUAAUACAACAACAUCAAAUAAUACAGAUUCAACAAUGUUAUCACCAUCAAAAGAUGAUAAUAAUAAUAAAAUUAAAUCACCAAGAGGAUCAAAGAAAAAAGAAAAAGCAAAUGUAGUUAUUGAUUCAACAGAUGAAGAAAGAGAGUUGAAAAAAGCAGAGAAGAAACAAAAACGUCAAUCUAAAAAAGAACAAAAAGAAAGAGAACAAAAAGAAAAGGAGGAAUCUAAACAUAUAGAUAUUAGUGGUGAUGAUAAUGGCGGUGGUGGUGAGGGAGAGGAGGAUGAGGAGGAGGAUGAUGAUGGAAAUCACAAUUUCAUUUCAACACCACCAUUAUUAGAUCCAAAUACUGAUAGGGAAGAAAUUGAUAGAGAAAAGAAGAAAAGAGAAGAAGUUGAGGAUACUGAAAUUCAAAAUACUCCACAAGAGAAACUCAAUCAUUAUAAGAAAAUAUUUGGACAAAUCAUUCAACUUUUAAUGAAAAAGGAUACACAUGGUUUCUUUUAUUCACCAGUGACUGAGCAAAUUGCACCAAAUUAUUUUAAAUACAUUAGAGAACCAAUGGAUUUCGAAACCAUGUUAAAAAAGAAUAAAGAGUUUCGUUAUUUAAAUAUUGAUAAAUUUCAAUACGAUUUCACACUAAUUUGUGAGAAUUGUAUGAAAUAUAAUGAUUCAGCUUCAGUUUAUUAUAAAGAAGCCAAAAGAUUAUUAACCAAUGGUAGAUCAAUCAUUCAAUCAUUUCGUUCAAAAGUUGAAUCAACUGAAGGUAAACCAUUGGCAAUUGGUCCUGUUACUGCUGUCCCUUCUGCUGCAACCUUAAGAGAAAGAGAAAGAAAAGCAAAUCAAAUUUAUAAUCCUCCUUCACCUUCAACUAAUAACAUUAUAACUACUACCAAUAACAACACUACUACAGCUACAACAACAACAACAACAACACCAUCAAAAAGAGCUCAAAGAGGUAGGAAAAAGAAAGAAGAGUCAUCAGAAGAAGAAUUAUCAGAAGAGGAAGAAGAGGAAGAGGAAGAAGGUGGUGGUGAAGAGGUUGGUGGUAAAAGUGGUGCAGAAGAAAAAAAAGGUGAGGAGGAGGAGGAGGAAGAAGAAAUUGAGGAAGAAGAGGAGGAGGAAGGUGGUGAUAAGGUUAAAAAUGGGGGUAGUGGUGGCGUUGGUGGUGAUAAAACUGCAGGUGGUGGUGGCGGUGGUAAUGGUGGUGAAAAACUAUCAAGAUACAAGAUAAAGAAACAACAAGCGGCCGCCGCAGCAGCAGCACAACAGGCAGCACAACAUGCAGCACAACAAGCGGCAGCAGCACAACAACAAGCAGCUCAACAACAAGCAGCAGCAGUACAACAACAACAACAAUUGAUUCAACAAGCAAUGUUACAACAACAGGCACAAAUGCAAAUAAACCAACGUUUCUAUGGUUUACCAGCCGUAAUUCCAAGUAAUUCACCAAUCCAACAAAAUGUUUAUUUAGAACCAACUCAAUACACUCAACGACCUACCAAACAAUCAUUACCAAAGAGAAAGUAUGUAAAGAUUGAUUUACAACCAAAAGUACAAUCACCACCAGAAUCUUUAAAAACUUCAUUCUCUCUCAUUAAAUCGAUUAGUGAUGAUGCAAAUGUAUUGAUUUCACCAGCUUCAAGCUUUAAACCUGCCGUAUACAAUAUGUAUGUUCCAAUAGUUGGUAAUACACCAAUUGGUUCUUAUCAAGUACUUGGUCAAAAUAUUGAACCAAAUUUUUUAAAAAUUAAUGAAUUACCAAAUUUAAUUGAACAACCACAACCACAACCAAUAAAAGAUAUUACUGAACCAAUGAUUAUUGAAUCAUCACAACAACCACAACAACAACCACAACAACAACCACAACAACAAGAUGCGAAUAAUACUACAACAACAACAACAACAACUUUACCAACCGAAAGUACCGAAAAUCAAGUAGAAAUUCAAGUAGAGAUACCAAAUACUACUACUACCAAUACUACUCAACAACCACCAUUAGAACAAUCACAAGAACAACAACAGCAACAACAACAACAACCACUUGAAUCAAUGAAUACUCAAAUUGAUGGAAAUGAUACAACUACACCUCAAACUCAAAUUGAAGUUGAAACACUUCAACAACAAUUACAACAAUUACAACAGC